GGGUGCACAAGUUCCUGUUUUAGAUGCCUCCCUCCUCCAACACAUCUGAUUCAAAUCAUCGGAAACUGGGCCUCGAGAGCCCCUUUCCAGCCUAAUUUAAAUAUCACCUUCCUCUAACAGGGGCUAGUUUAAAUAAUCAGCUCACCAGCAAGCUUUGCAGAAGCCUGACAACGAUCCUCAUCAUAUAAGUCAGGGGGGCCGGAGGGGGGAGACAUCAAAAACAGGCUCUUGGGGGACACACUUGGGCAACAAUGAUUGAGAGCCUUCAGUCAGGACCUUGCAAUCUCCCCCAUCGAACAAUUUAUCCAUUGAGGGGACACAGACACUGUCAGCCAUGACCAUCAACUCACAGGCCCUUCCAUCGGAUUCAAAUUCUUCAGAAUACUAUCCAUGGACGUAUCAGAAUCACUGUUUCCCAGGAUUUCAAGGUGCUGCAUUCUGCUACCAGAGUGAAGGAGCGCAAGUUGUGCCAAUCGCCUUGACGACGACGCAACCAGGUGACCUGACUGCCCCUCAUCUCCAGUACGCCAGCCCCAUUUUCACACAUGCCGUGCCACAGGGCGGCGUCCCUCGUAAACAGUCAGAACGCAGCCUGAUGAAGAACAGGGAAGCUGCCCGCGAAUACAGGCGGAGGAAAAAGGUCUAUAUUCAAGAUCUUGAGAAACGUGCGGAAAAGCUUGAAACGGAAAAUAUGGCCUUGAAGGAAGAACUGAAAACCUGGAAAAUGGGGCAACAGAAAUUUCAAUAAUUUUCCCACAACUGGCUGGAAUUCUUUCAGAGUCUGCGUUUGAAUUGCACGCUUCUGUUAAUAAUAUGACAGUUAUUUUUUUUUAAUUAUUUGGUUACCGGGACACGUUUGUACAUGCAGCCUGCAGUGAAUAUUCUGGAAUGUUUAGCUUCAGUGAUUUUAUGUCACAAGCUAGCGAAUAAUUCAAUCACAUCAGAUUUCUGGAAUUUAAAAAAAUACCCC